AUGAGGGCCAUCAUAAAAGGACUUAGACAACUUAGUCAAAAUCAUAUAGAACGAGCUACUGCUAAUACUAACUCUAAGGAAUAUAAACUUGUAGAUUUUCCAAUCUUUUCAGGAAGUCAUGAUGAUGACCCUGUUGAAUGGUAUGAGGCUUUUAACAGAGCCUGUAUCAAAUUAGAGUUGAAGUUAAAGGAAGAAGAUAUAACUAAACCAAUGUAUACUACUAUUCAAGUUGGUAACAAUUUUACACAACUGGAGGACCAACUUAUAGCCAAUGUCAAAAUAGAGAAUAUUAAUAAUCCUCUUCAAUAUCAACCAGAUGAUAUAUUUAGACUUAUACAACCAGAAAUGAAGAAAAUAAAAGAAAGUUAA